CUUUGUUAAUAAUAUCUUAAUAACAUCUUUAUGAAUAAAAGUCACUCUUAUUUUGCAUAUAUUUGAAGGUUUAAGCAUGGAACUACCCCGAAAAAUAAUUGGUUCUCUGAGCCAAUUCUGGAAGAUCAAUGUGUAAGCGAUUUUGGAGUGGCCUAAUUUAUCCCUCGCUAAGUUAGGGAAAGGAUUUCAUUGCACAUUAUGUUUGAUUUAGUUUAGACCUUAAACAGCUGUUUAUUCUGUAGAAAAGCUUGGUUUUGUUAGUAUUAGUUUAGAAAAAGAAGAUAUAGACGAGGGUCCAAAGCCGCCUCAACACAACAAUGCGAGUACCCAAAGCACUUAAUCCAAGACUCCAAAAGCAGCUUUUAUUAAGAUUCGGAGUAUACGAAAAGGUAUAUCCCGUUGAGACAACUCCGAGCAGAACAGUCCCAGACCACAUUGAGAAGCCGGAGUAUGUGUUACAGAAACAGCCAAUGGUGUUGCCACACAAAGCGGAAGUUAAAGACGUCAAUCAGUUACGCGGAAUGAGAAGAAGUUGCAAGCUGGCUGCUAAUAUAUUGGCUCAUGUUCAGAAAAAUAUCUAUCCAGGAAUAACUACAGAUGAAAUUGAUGGAUUGGUACACAAGCUAACAGUGGAAGCUGGAGCUUAUCCAUCCCCAUUACAUUAUAAAGGAUUUCCGAAAAGCGUGUGCACCUCAGUAAACAAUGUAGCGGUACAUGGCAUACCCGAUCUGAGACCGCUACAGGAUGGUGAUAUCGUCAAUGUUGAUAUAACAGUUUUCUUCAAAGGGUUCCAUGGUGACUGUUCUAAGACCUUUCCUGUUGGAAAAGUUGAUGAUCGUGGGUUAGAGCUUAUCAGUGUUACGGAAGAGUGCCUCAAUAUUGCAAUCAAAACUUGUGGUCCAGAGGUACCAUAUAGCGAAAUAGGAACAUCGAUAUAUAGACAUUCGAAAAGAAAUGGGCUGACAGUGCUGCCAGCUUUCAUAGGCCACGGUAUUGGCCAAUAUUUCCAUGGCCCUCCAGACAUUUACCACACAUUGAACCGUUACCCUGGCCGGAUGAGGCCAGGUAUGACAUUCACCAUUGAGCCCGUGUUAUCGCAUGGUAGCAAGCACACGCUGAUACUGCCCGAUGGGUGGACGGUGGUCACAGAGGACGGGGCUAGGAGCGCCCAAGCGGAACACACAGUUCUAGUCACUGAGGAUGGUGCCGAGAUCCUUACCAAGUAGUGCAAUAUUGUUGUUGAUUUGUUAAUAUAUGUUAUGUCAUGUUUGCCUAUAGGCAAAUAAAUAGUACAGUCGACUACUAGGUACUAGUCUGCACGCGAGCUCCGAGGAACCCAAAUGAAGGCCCGUCGGUCGGGUCGGCUCUCGCGUCCGAUGGUCCCUAUGACGUUUCUUCAGGUCACGUUUGUAUGGGGCUUUAUUUUAAAAAAGAUAUUAAGGUACUUUAAAUUACUAAAAUGUUAUAUUUCAAAAUGAAUGUCCUAAACUUCCAAAAACAGUCUACAAACAUUUCACGUGACAGCUACUUCAUUAUAUAAUACCUCAUGUCUGUCAUAGGGACCAUUUUUCGAUGCGAGUGGUUUAAUUCUCAGAGUUCUUGUAAUGGUAAUGAUGACCUACUGCGAACCAUUUCUCGUUCGUUAGUCUGUCUCUCUAUCGCUCGAAUACCUAUGCAAGAGUGAUAGAGAGACAGAUAACGAGAAUUCGAUUUUCGCGUUAGGCUCUCUAUACUCAUAGUACCUGAACUGUUAAUUUGACAGUGAGAAUUGCACAAAGACGAGAGAUCAGAAUCAUAUGUUGAAAUUAGGUUAAUAAUAUUAAUGAUAGCAAAAAUGCCAAUAAAUCACACCAAUUAUUUUAGUGCAAAUGUAAAAAUGUAGUUGUUCUUUGUUAUACCUAUAUUUACUUGUUGUAUAAUUGUAUAUUGUAUGCGUACGUAGCAUUAUUAGCCAAUUUUAUGUAAAUAAAACGACAAAGAUCAG